CCUGCAAUAUGAGUGCCAUUGUGCAGACUACACACAGCUUCAGGUACACCCGGAGAUUUAGUUUCGUUACACCUUCAGGCGCAGGUCGAAUGAAAUAUGCUCUUGAUUUUCUUUAUAACUUAACCGUUGACAGCUCGCCAUGAACAGCCAAAAAGAUCUUGACGAUUUUCGAAAUAGAUGGCUAGAAGAGCUGAAACAUCAAAUUCCUGUGGGCGAGCAGCACUCGGCUUCUGGAGAAUUAAAAGACUGUGCGAAUGAUGAGUUGGAAUCUGUGGACAGCUGUAAGGAAGAUGUUAUAAGCAAGCCUCACGAGAACUGUCAAAUAACCGACAACCCUCGGAUUCCUCCGCUUCAUGGUAAUUAUUGUGAAACGGGUUCCACCGUUCCAGACGCAACACCUCAAUAUUUUCCAUUUCGUGUGUUGAGUAAAGUGUCGAACCCCGAAAGCUGGGAAGAAGUUCAGAGAGCCAGAAAGAGAUUUGCUUCAGAUAAAUGCAGUGCUGUCACGUCAGUGAAGAAAGGAAAUUAUUUUGCCGAAUCGAGUCAUACUCCAGCUCAACAAAGAAAUAGUGUAAGCAAUCAGUAUGUCGCAUCAAUUAAUCAGAAAAAGGAGACGAUAUCACUACUUGUACAUAAAGAACGAUAUCUGGAUCUCUUCAUUGCAGACCUGAAUGAGAUCAAUGAAAUCCCAUUCUUUGACAUCAGUAUUCCUCGAGAGUUGGCCAUCAAGAUUUUCUGGCACCUGGAUGCUACUGAUCUGUGUCACUGUGCACAGGUGAGCAAAAGCUGGAGAAGUCUUGCUGAGGACGAGCUUUUGUGGUGCCGGCUCUGUCACCAGCUUGGGUUUGAGCAGGAAAAAGUAACUGUGGAGUGUGCUGAUUGGAAACGCCGAGUCCAGCACUACACAAUCCUUAACCGCACCUUGGACCACAACUGGAAGAAUCGAACUGGAAAACUCCAUAGUUUGCAACAUGUCAAGGGAGGAGUACUGUGUGCAGCCUCAUCUUUCAAGUCCUUUCUUGUUGCUGGGUACAGUAACUGUCAGACCAAACUAUGGGAUGUAUAUUCUGGAGAGACCUGUAUCUUUCAGCCUAGUAGCACAGCCCUCAUCCUUGAUGAAAAUACUGAGGAAGGAACCAUCACUAAUGAAGUACAGCAUGUUGCAGCAUGCAGCAAAGUGACUGCAGCAUCCUAUAGUCAUAAUUUUGUGGAUGUUUGGAGCAAUGAAGAAGGCACCAGUCCUAUAUACACUGUGUCCCAGUUUGGGACAGGGCUAGUGUCUGCUCUUAAACUGUGGGAGAACAAUUGCAGUGUGUUUACUGCUGUGGCCUGUGGCUCAACACUUCAGGUACAUGUGGUGGAGCACAGUUAUGGCCACCUCAAGGAACACAUGGACUUUGAGCUCAAUGUCAAGGAUCUUGUCUGGCUGCAGUCUCAUUCAGCUUCUCCAUCUUUGACACCAAUCAUUGCUGUGGCUACAGUCAACACAGUCAGCAUUGGCAAAUUUUCCACCGACACUGAACACUUAGCAGACUGGUUUGAAAUCCACAAUAUUGUUGAUGCCCCAAUCACCUGUCUGGAUGCUCGCCUUGACCCCUCGCAUGUAGCUGUGGGCUUUUCUUUCUAUAGCUUCCCAUCUGAACUCAUCAAGGUUAAUGUUUAUGAUUUGACAACGCAGCAGCUGGUGACAACUUUGAGUGGUCAUACUUCAGUUUUGUCAUGCAUUAAUGUGGUUGACAGUCCCCCCUUCCAGUUGGUGUCUGGGAGCAGAGACAGAAAGGUUCGAGUGUACGAUACACGUAUAGAUCAGUCUGCAAUGAUGACACUGAUUGGCCAUUCAUCAACUGUGACCUGUGUCCAGAUGGACAAUGUUAAGGUGGUGUCUGGUGAUGAAGGUGGCUUUGUGUGUGUCUGGGACCAGCGCAUGGCCAGCAAGCUGUGGGAAAUGCAUGACAGGCAUCCAGUCAGCUACUGUCACUUUGAUGAGCGACUGUUGGUGGUGGCCCAUGAGCCAGUGGUUAAACAGCAGCAGUCAAAGUAUGACUAUGACACGGGACUACAUCAGAGGCAUCGAGGCUCUUUUCAUGUGUAUGAUUUCCUGACAGACCAGACUACUAAAGGGGUUCCAGACAUCUGUCUGUCCACAUACGAUGAACCUCAGGGCUACAAUUACAACAUUUGUCUAACUGUGCCUUAUGACCAGGUGUGAUUGAAAUAUGUCAACCAGAAUGGUGAAAAUGUUCAGGUCACUUUGGAAGUCCGUAGCUACAUAAUCCAUUGUGUACCUAUGAUCAGGGGUGAUUGCGCUGACAUUUCACAUCAUCUUCCUUAGUAUUCAGAGGUUUUGUAACUUGUCUGAACUAUUUGUGACCUGCCACCACAGAAUGAGUCUUGUAAGAAAUUAGAGAUUAUGCAAAUUGUUUAUUUUUAAAAUGUACAGGUUUUGACUUUUCUAUUUAUACUAAAGUUGUUCUCCUAGUCCUAAAAUUGAGUGAGCUAUAAAGGUUUGAAGUGUGCAAGUCCAAUGGCACAAAGUUGACCCUAAUCACCUUUCUAGGCCUCUACUAGGAAACUGCUUUGUGCGACUUUGACCUAUUCGUGGUGCCAGGUCACAUUUGAUCUCAACAGACCCAGCGAACAUGAUGAUCAGAACUUCCAGAUGACUGCUGCCCUGUCUGUAUAGUAGAUCCCCGGUUUUCAAACUUUUUCAGACAAGUACCACUUUUGAAAAUUCGAAUUCAUCAAGUCUAGGACUUAAUCAUGGUGCUCAAGUACCACCUGUCAUACCUUCGCCUUUCAGUAGUGGUACGUAUACCACAGUUUGAAAACCACGGUAGUAGUUGCCAAAGAAGAAAAUUGUCACAAACUAGACGAGGGUAGGCACAGAACUGACUUCACAAACUUUGCCUAUCAAAGUUGAAGGUUUCCUUGAGGUUGACCAGUUCAGACAGUACCAAAUAAAGUUAAACAGGAUGUUGGAUGCUGGAACAUUUUAUAAUUGAUGAGCAGAAAUGCUAAACUGUCAAGCUAGAUGUGAUUGAUUAAAUGUUAUGAAUAUAACUCCAUGCUACUCAAGUGUGAUGUCCAUCUAUAAAAAUGCAUGGAAUAUACAGUACUUAUGAAUACAAAGUGCUUUUUUGGGCAACACAAUGAAUUUGUAUUGAAGACAAAUCAUGUCAAUUAAAGUGAGCAGAAUAUG